AUGCUCGUCCGAGAAGUUAACACACCAACGACCACAAGCAACCAGUACCGCCGUUCCGAAUCUAUCUGGCGUGUCUUUAUUGAUAUUAUUUGUCUCUCAAUCUUACUCGCUGCAUCGCUCGUUUCACAUUAUCUCAUUGAACCGUUUACACGUGGAUUCUUUUGUUCGGAUACAUCAAUAAGAUAUCCGUACAAAGGUGACACGAUUCCUUUCUAUGCAGCAGCUAUUUUAUCGGUUGUACUUCCGAUUAUUUGGAUGUGGAUAACAGAAUUUGCUAAGCGAUUUUAUUACAAUCGAUAUCCCAAGGAAGUGUUUUUAACACGUUUAGAAUGCUGCGGUGGAAGAAUAACAACUAUCACACCAUUCGUGCGUAAUUUAUAUAUUCUAACUGUUGUUUUUGGUUAUGGCUAUCUUUCUACAUGGAUUUUAACGGAAAUCACCAAGAACUUUGUGGGCGAAUUAAGACCACAUUUUCUUGCAGUAUGUCAGCCAACGAUCGACUGCUCAACUCUCUCGUUAGAUCAGUUUAAUUCCUAUUUACAAUUCGGAAUUAAUUAUACAUGUUUAAACACUAAUUCUGAUCUUGUCCGCGAUGCUCGUCGAUCAUUCUUCAGUGGACAUACGUCGCCAAUCUUUUUUGGCUUCGGAUGGCUGAUUAUGUAUAUUCAUGUGUCAUGGUCAUGGCGUUAUCUUGGCAUUAUUGGUAAUAUGUUUCAAACAGGUCUCGCUAUACUUGGCCUAUUUAUUGGCUAUUCGCGUAUAUUUGAUUUUCAUCAUCAUUGGAAUGAUGUGUUAGUUGGUGGAAUUGUGGGCUCACUCGUGGCAUUCGUUUCAUUUAAGUUUAUACUCGAUUGGCAUCGUUAUAGUCCAAACUUCUUACCAUAUAUAAUUUCAAAUAAAGCAGAGAAACAAAUCUCAUCGAUCGAUGGAAACAUUCCAAUCGAUACUUCACUUAGUACGCUUCGUCUCCAUCCAAAUCAUGACCGUGUAGCAAACCGAUUCAAUCGAAAUUAUUAUGAUGCUGAUCAUCAUUUUGUCGAACAGAAUCAUCACUUCUAA